CUUGCCUGGAAAAUUGACGAAACCCUGUUUCUCCGUUAAAUCAGAGCUGGAUUUAGGCUGCGGUUCUUACACAUGGAUCAGAAACGGAGCAUCGUUGAUGUGCACCGUGUGAACGUCAGGCUUUUCAGGACCAGCAUGUGAGCUUGAACAAAUAUAAUUAAAUCAGAUCGGGGAGGACAUGGAUGAACGAGAAGAUGUGACGGAGCGCGCGUGCACGGGCUGUGGCGGGAGGAUUCAGGACGCUUUUCAUGUGAAGGUUCUUCAAGACGCCUGGCACAACUCAUGCUUUCAGUGUUCUGUCUGCUUUGAUCUCCUGACCAACUGGUACUUUGAGAAAGAGGGGAGGCUGUUCUGUCACAAACACUACUGCGAGAAGUUUGGGGAAUUGUGCCAUGGCUGCUCACUGCUUAUGACGGGACCUGCCAUGGUGGCAGGAGACUAUAAAUACCACCCCGAAUGCUUUGUGUGUUUGAGCUGCAGGGUGGUGAUUGAAGAUAGAGACACCUAUGCCUUAGUGGAACGUACAAAACUUUACUGUGGUAAAUGCUACAAGCAGGUGGUCCUGACACCAGUGUUGGAGAAGCGGGGUUUGGCUGACUCUCCAUCAGACCUGCUCCCUCACACAGUGACUCUGGUGUCCAUGCCUGCUGCCACCAAUGGCAAAAGAGGCUUCUCUGUCAGCGUGAUUAGAGACUGCACCAGUGCCAUUGCCAGCGUCCAGGUUAAAGAGGUCAGAGGGAUGCAUAUUAGUCCUGAGGUUCGGAAUGCCAUCCAUGUUGGGGACCGAAUCCUGGAGAUCAAUGGACUCCCAGUGACAUCCCUGAUAGAGGAAGAGGUGGAGGACCUCAUCCAUCGGACCAGUCAGACACUGCAGCUGCUAAUGGAAUAUGAUCCAGUCAGACAGCGUCUGGACCGACUCCGUCUGGGCUCUCCCCGCAAUAAGCUGGGUGUCCCUGUAGUGUCUCGUAUGAGACUCUCCUCACCAGUAGAUGCUGAGAUUGAACGGAGUGACACAGUGGACAAUGGGACGUUAAAGAGGAGGUCCCUCAGACGUAGCAACAGCAUCUGCAAGUCUCCAGUCUCUUCAUCUCCCAAGGACCAUCUAGUUCUGACUCGAGAUAUCGGCCGCUCUGAAUCUCUCCGCUCUCCUUCCAGCUGCUCUCACCGCAUCUUCCGUCCCUGUGACCUCAUCCAUGGAGAAAUCCUUGGCAAAGGCUUCUUUGGACAGGCCAUUAAGGUGACCCAUAAAGCCACUGGUGAGGUGAUGGUCAUGAAAGAGCUGAUCCGCUGUGAUGAAGAGACACAGAAAACGUUCCUAAAGGAGGUAAAAGUGAUGAGAAGUCUUGAUCACACACACGUUUUGAAGUUCAUCGGGGUUUUGUACAAGGACAAGCGUCUUAAUCUGAUAACAGAGUUCAUUGAGGGAGGCACUCUUAAGGAUUUCAUCCGAGACACGGACUCAUUCCCAUGGGAACAGAGAGUUAGUUUUGCAAAGAGCAUUGCAUCUGGAAUGGCAUAUCUGCAUUCAAUGAGCAUCAUACAUCGAGAUCUCAACUCUCACAAUUGCCUGGUCAAACUGGACAACACCGUCGUGGUGGCAGAUUUUGGUUUAUCUCGGUUAAUCAUGGAGGACAAAGUAAAGCAGCCUCCCCCGGACAAACCAACUAAUAAGAAAAGGCUGUUUAGACGCAUUGAUCGCAAGAAACGCUACACGGUGGUGGGGAACCCUUACUGGAUGGCCCCAGAGAUGCUCAAUGGUAAACGCUACGACGAGAAGGUGGAUAUUUUCUCCUUUGGCAUUGUACUCUGUGAGAUUAUUGGUCAGGUUUAUGCAGAUCCCGAGUGUCUUCCAAGAACACUGGAUUUUGGGCUGAAUGUGCGAACGUUCAUCGAGAAGUUUCUUCCUGAGCACUGUCCUCCUGCUUUCUUUGCAUUGGCUGUGGCCUGUUGUGACCUCACUCCUGACAACCGGCCUGCUUUUCAAAAGCUGGAGGACUGUUUCGAGGCAUUAACUUUCAAUCAGGAGUUGAACAUCCCUCUACCUGCUGAACUGGACGAACUUCAGCAGAAGUUUUUAAGGACUUAUGGACCCAGUGAAAUCGCCUCUGAAAACCAGGAAAACAACAGGAACUAAUCCAAUGGCAGCGCAGGCCGAGCUGGAAACUUUUUUGUUUUGUUGAUAAGUUUACAGAACUGGAGAGCAUUUACCUUGUAUUGGCAUACUGGGAACAUGCUGAUGCUGACGUUCCUUUGGAGAUCUCUCAUGUCAUGUAGAACUUUGAGGGCAUUCUUGAACUGAAGGUUCUGUUGAGGGAACGGGUACAUUUCAGUGAGCUUCAGCUUCUUUCUGAUGGAGUUUUUUUUUCCCUUUUUCGGUCUACUUUUGUAACUAGCAGGUCUAACUAAUUGAUGAUUUAACCAGGUAACUGCAACCAUUAAGAGUGCCUGUCAUUAGAUGAGUUCUGAUCGAUUGUUCUGAUGAAGUAAUAUCAGAAAUAGUGUGGUGUCAUCUACUUAAACAAUGAUGUUUGACUAUAUAAUUAAAAAAAAAGUUUGUUUGGUGAAUCUAAUGAAACUAGUCCAAAAUAUGUCACAUUUCACCCCAGAAUGCAAAUUCAUUAUCUGUUAAAAUUUAAAAGUCUAAACGCACAAUAAUAAUUAUUGAGGAAAUGUACUUAAUUGUCACAAAUAAUACAGUGAAAAUAAAGGCUGAAAUGUGACGGUCAUGUUUGAACCUCUUCUCUUCAUAAGUUUUUGUUGACUAUUUUUUUUAUUUUUUAAUUUUUAAAUGACCUAAACUGUAGGAAUGUAAAUGACUUGUUGUUCCACACUGCCCUCUGCAGGUGCCUUUGUGCACUCAACCCUUGUUGGUUUCAGUACCACAAGCACUUGAGGUCCUGUUACUCUUUAAUACGAAGACCGUGACAAAACUGUUACGAAAUGAAGUAACAAGUUUCUGAGUUUUGAUUUGGUUUCAUAUGUGUGGUGGUUUCUCAGAAAUGCUUUGUGUUUUUCAUAUUGUAGCUCAUUUUUGGUACAUCAGCUAUAUGAGAACUGGAGUUGUCUAUUCCUCUGUCAAGGACUCACCUUGUAAAUAUACCUUGGCAGGGAGUAAAAACAAAUAUUCUGUAUCUAAACUUCUCUGGAGUUGAAGUGAAAUGAUAAGUGAGAUCGUAAUGCUGGAUCCUGACUGGCCGUUUCAAUGAUUUCUCAUAAGUGAAACAGGCUGUAAUCAAAAUAAAUCUGAACAAGUGACGUUUUGUGAGGAUGUUUGGAGAAAAAAAAACGAAUGUCAUCCUCACUUUGAUCACAGGUGUUUAAUUUAAAACUGGAUAUAUUUUUCAUGUUUGUAAAGAUUUGUUGCCAAAUGUGGAUGUGUAGUUUGCAUAUGUUUGUAGAAUGUGAAAAGCUGUAUAAAGAUGUUUUUUCUUAGUCUUAUCUGUCAAUGGUACUGACAUGUAUAAAAAUAUAACCACUACUUGUAUGCCACAGGAUUUACACGUAUGUUUCAUGAAUAAAGACGAGUUAGUAAUGGC